AUGUCGUCGCCAAAAACCGCCGCCACAACUACACAUGAGCCAGAGGCUGAGUCGCCGGCGGCAGUCGUGGACUCUGUUCAAGAAGCCACAAGGGAUGACCAUGUCGAUGACUCCGAUAUCGAGGCUGGGGAGGUGACCGAGGAAGAUGAAUCUAAUGUAAAAAAGAGGGCCAACGAUGCCGACAAGUCUCCUGAAGAAUCGCCAUCCCCUGAUGCCGAUGCCGCUGCUGCUGGAGAGGCGCCGCUGCUGCCGAAUGAAGCUGUUCCCGGUGGUCCACCUUUGCCAGCUGAGCCGGUGCCGCAGCAGCCAGAGGAUGACGGAUGGGAUUGCCAGUGGGAUGCGAAUAGCCAGGCCUGGUUUUUCUACAACCGUUUCACGGGCAAGACCCAGUGGGAAAAUCCUCGAGUCCCUGACGCUGCUGGCGCGGCUCCCGGCGGCACAACCUCACAAGGGGCAGAGCCUCAGCCGCCUUCCCACGAGAAGCCCAUUGCUGGAGGGUACAACCCCGCCAUUCACGGCGAUUAUGAUCCCAAUGCAUGGUACGCCAAGAAUGAGGAGGAUGAGAGUGCAUCUGCCGCCUUGGCUGGCGAUCCUGCUGCCAUAUAUGCCGCGACGGUUUCCUUUAAUCGAAUCACAGGCAACUUUCAGUCUGGCGAGGCAGGCCCCGAGCGGCACUCCGACGAAGCAAAGUCCAGGCGUCAGAUGAACGCAUACUUUGACGUGGAUGCCGCGGCAAAUGCUCACGGUGGCCGCAGCUUAAAAGCCGAGAGGUCAAACAAGAAGCCAACCAAGAACGAGCUCAAGGCGUUUAAAGAGAAACGUCGCGCGAGGAAGGAAGAGAAACGCCGAGCUUGGCUACGCGACUGA